UAGCUAGGUUGUUUCAUUGAAGUACUUUAGGAAACCGCAUUUCGGAAAACUCGUAAGGCGCGCCCUUUUCGUCAUCUUGGCUCAAACCUUCAUAUUCCGUAUUGCAGUAAUCGGGGAAUGCGAGCACGCGUAGACUGAACCAUUAUGGCGCUGAGCGCACCAGUUUCAUAACCUUGGAGGAGGGAGGAGUCUGGCGUUUCUGGAAGCUGGAACAGUAGCGGAGCGACGGGGGAACUGGGGGAAACUAGAGCAACGGUGAAGAUAGCUUCAGCAUCUGAGAUCCAUUUUAAUAGUAUCGGAGGCAAGAGGCAAGGUACGCCUAAGCACAGCAAGUCUUUGCUUUGGGCGACGAAAUAAACAGACAUGAAAGCUUUAUAAAGAGGGAUCAACUGAGCAGCUUCUGCGUUAGCUCGUUUUGAGCAUGAAAUGCAUGGGUUAUUUCUAGUGCAAUAUUGAUGUUAUUUAAAAUAUAUCUGAAUCUGUCUUUGUGGUUAAAUAUAGAGACAGACUGGGGCAUCACAGGUGUAGUUAUCAUCUGAGGAGAGGUAACGUUAUAUCGAUUCGGCAAGAGAAACAACACGGACUGUGCACAAAACUGAGGCGGGCGUUUAAUGAACGUUUGAAAAUCACUGUUGGCUGGCAUCGGAGGAUUAAGGAGCCGGGAGACAAGGACAAGGUGGGGCUGGGGAGACCCGGAGAAAACGGACAAAAUAGGAAUAGCUAGCUUGCGUGCUAGCUAUACUACCGGUAGGGCUUUUUGAGGCAAUCGAGGGGAAGCAAAUAAAUUUUCGCCUAUUGGAAUUUGGAGAGCUUACAAAAAGACCGUUUUGUUGAUCAUCCUCCCCCUUACGAAGAACACCGCUAACUGUAUAUUUUUGGCCCUUUGUUUGAUCUUAAAUAUAACGUUUUGGACGGAUUUCUUGGGGAUACUUUCCCCAUUCUUGCUGGACCAUGGCCGACGACGACGUUCUGUUUGAAGACGUAUACGAGCUCUGCGAGGUGAUCGGAAAGGGCCCUUUCAGUGUUGUGCGGCGAUGUAUCAACAGAGAAACGGGACAGCAGUUCGCUGUCAAAAUAGUGGAUGUGGCCAAGUUCACCUCCAGCCCCGGGCUCAGUACAGAGGAUCUGAAGAGGGAGGCCAGCAUAUGUCACAUGCUCAAGCACCCGCACAUCGUGGAGCUCCUGGAAACCUACAGCUCGGAUGGGAUGCUCUACAUGGUCUUUGAGUUUAUGGAUGGCGCCGAUCUCUGCUUCGAGAUCGUGAAGAGGGCGGACGCCGGUUUCGUCUACAGCGAAGCGGUCGCCAGCCACUAUAUGCGGCAGAUCCUCGAGGCACUGCGGUAUUGCCAUGACAACAACGUCAUUCAUCGUGAUGUCAAGCCUCACUGUGUACUCCUGGCAUCUAAAGAGAACUCCGCUCCUGUGAAGCUGGGGGGGUUCGGCGUGGCCAUUCAGCUGGGAGAGUCUGGUCUUGUGGCUGGAGGCCGAGUGGGGACGCCGCACUUCAUGGCCCCGGAGGUGGUGAAGAGGGAGCCGUACGGGAAGCCCGUGGACGUGUGGGGCUGCGGGGUCAUCCUCUUCAUCCUGCUGAGCGGCUGCCUGCCCUUCUACGGCACCAAGGAGAGGCUCUUUGAGGCCAUAAUUAAGGGGCGAUACAAGGUAAUGAACCCGCGCCAGUGGAGCCACAUCUCGGAGAGCGCCAAGGACCUGGUGCGGCGCAUGCUGAUGCUGGACCCCGCCGAGCGGAUCACCGUCUACGAGGCCCUCAACCACCCCUGGCUCAAGGAGAGGGACCGAUACGCCUACAAGAUCCACCUCCCAGAGACAGUCGAGCAACUGAGGAAGUUCAAUGCCCGGAGGAAGCUUAAGGGGGCUGUGCUAGCUGCCGUCUCCAGCCACAAGUUCAACUCGUUUUAUGGAGACCCCCCUGAGGAGCUCCCGGACUUCUCUGAAGACCCCACCUCCUCAGGACUGCUAGCUGCAGAAAGGGCAGUCUCGCAGGUGCUGGACAGUCUGGAGGAGAUCCACGCCCUGACUGACUGCAGUGAGAAGGACCUGGACUUCCUGCACAGCGUCUUCCAGGACCAGCACCUCCACACCCUGCUGGACCUGUACGACAAGAUCAACACCAAGUCCUCCCCGCAAAUCAGGAACCCCCCGAGCGACGCUGUGCAGAGAGCCAAAGAGGUGCUGGAGGAGAUCUCCUGUUACCCGGAGAGCGGCGACGCGAAGGAGCUGCGGCGCGUCCUCACGCAGCCCCACUUUAUGGCCUUAUUGCAGACCCAUGAUGUCGUGGCGCACGAGGUGUACAGCGACGAGGCUCUGAGGGUCACCCCCCCGCCCACCUCGCCUUACCUGAACGGGGACUCGCCCGAGAGCACCAACGGCGACAUGGACCUGGAGAACGUCACCCGCGUGCGGCUGGUGCAGUUCCAGAAGAACACCGAGGAGCCGAUGGGCAUCACUCUGAAGAUGAACGACCUGAACCACUGCAUCGUGGCUCGGAUAAUGCACGGGGGCAUGAUCCACAGACAAGGAACGCUGCACGUCGGGGACGAGAUCCGGGAAAUCAACGGGAUCAGCGUCGCUAACCAAACGGUGGAGCAGCUGCAGAAGAUGCUGAGGGAGAUGAGAGGAAGUAUCACCUUUAAGAUUGUACCGAGCUACCGGACGCAGUCCGCAUCCUGUGAGAAAGAGUCCCCCUCCACCUCCAGACAGUCCCCAGCUAACGGACACACCAGCAUUACCAGUUCCAUCUUGGACCUGCCAGCAACUAUUCAGCCAAAAGGACGACAGAUCUCCAGACCUACAAUCAAGGAUAAAAUGCCCCUCAAGAUCUACGUCAGAGCGCAGUUCGAGUACGACCCGGCCAAAGACGACCUCAUCCCCUGCAAAGAGGCGGGAAUCCGCUUCAGGGUGGGCGACAUCAUCCAGAUCAUCAGCAAGGACGACCACAACUGGUGGCAGGGCAAGCUGGAGAACACCAAGAACGGCACGGCUGGGCUCAUUCCCUCCCCAGAGCUGCAGGAGUGGCGUGUGGCCUGCAUCGCCAUGGAGAAAACCAAGCAGGAGCAGCAGGCCAGCUGUACCUGGUUUGGGAAGAAGAAGAGACAAUGCAAAGAUAAAUACCUGGCCAAGCACAACGCAGUUUUUGAUCAACUAGAUCUCGUCACGUAUGAAGAAGUAGUGAAAUUGCCGGCGUUCAAGAGGAAAACGUUAGUCCUGUUAGGUGCCCAUGGCGUGGGCCGAAGGCACAUCAAGAACACGCUCAUCACAAAGCACCCCGACAGAUUCGCGUACCCCAUUCCACACACGACCAGACCUCCGAAGAAGGACGAGGAGAACGGGAAGAACUACUACUUCGUGUCGCACGACCAAAUGAUGCAGGACAUCUCCAACAACGAUUACCUGGAGUACGGCAGCCACGAGGACGCCAUGUACGGCACCCGGCUGGAGACCAUACGCAAGAUCCACGAGCAGGGCCUCAUAUCCAUCCUGGACGUGGAGCCUCAGGCCCUUAAAGUCCUGCGGACGGCUGAGUUUGCACCAUACGUCGUCUUCAUCGCCGCGCCAACCAUAACCCCUGGCAUCAGUGAGGACGAGUCCCUGCAGAGGCUGCAGAAGGAGUCGGAGAUCCUGCAGAAGACGUACGCGCACUACUUCGACCAGACCAUCAUCAACAACGAGAUCGACGAGACCAUCAGACACCUGGAGGAGGCCAUCGACCUGGUGUGCACCACGGGCCAAUGGGUGCCCGUCUCGUGGGUCUACUAGGCCCCCCCUCCGCCCCCCCCCCACCCCUCUCUUUGCAAGGCAUCUCUGCAGAACUUCAUCAUUCCCAGGAAAAAAGAAAAAAAAAGGCCUCAGACACUCCGGAAACCUCAGUUGUACACGAACUGGAACCCAGUCAGCCUCGGGCCCCUUACAGACUACCUAGCCGUAGUGUUGUAUGAAAACAUAAAUAAAUAAAUAAAUAACUGAAUAAAUAAAUGAGUAAAUAUCGUCCUGUCCGUAUAGCUAGGAGGCAACACUUUAUAGACUUGCUUUUAAAGAGACAGUAUCUUAAGAGCAGCCGUUGGUGUGGGAAAAGGGCUGGAGGCGCGUGGGUGAUCGGACCGCGGCCACGUCCUGCCCCGCCCCGCCCUGCCCUGUUCUGUCUUUACAGGUAUCGCACUUCACAUUCGAGCUUCUGUCUGCUCCGACCUCUCUAGAGAGAAGAAAAGCACAUAAACACUGCGAAGUUCCCCUGUUGCACCUUCUAUUUAUUUAAUCAAACCGUGAUGCACUGCAGUCACCCCUUUCUUUCCCUCUCUCUUUUUCUCUGCCUCUCUCUAGCUUUUUCUCUUUCUCUCUGCCUCUCUUGCUCUCUCUCUCUCUCUCUCUCUCUAGUGUCUCUCCCUCCCUCUCUCUGACACUCUCCCGCUCCCUCUCCUUACACAUUUCCCCACUUCUGUGUAAGAUUUCUUGUUUACAUUUCUGCGUUUGCACAAAGGACAAUACCUCCUCCUCUUCCUCCUCCUCCUCCUCCACAGAUACUGUCUCUCUAAACGAACACGUAAAUGUCUUAGAGAUUUGAGCGCGGUCUCAUGCAUGUGGACAUUCUCCAGCUUACAUGCUGUCAGCGAUAUCAGUGUCCGACUACUGUUAUCUGCAGCACAACACAUUCCAUUUGUUUGGAAGACAAAAAAAAAAAAACACAAACAAGGGAGGAGAAAAUAUUUUAAAAAAUAACACCUAUGCACUUCCCUUGCAUUUUGGGUGAAUUAAAAAAAAAAAAAACGAGCAGUUUUUAAUCAACCCUGUAGUGAGAUGUGUUUGUAAAUUGUCUCAAUUUAAUUUGUUGUAAGACAAAGGAGGGGGGUGGGGAUGAAUUCUAUUCCAAAUUCACCAUUUCAGAAACGUGUCGUCUGAAAGUAUUAAUGUUUUAAUUAAGUUUAAUCAAAGGAGGAAAAAAUGCUGAUUUUUAUUAUAUGUGUAAUUGUUUCAAAAAGAGGUGCACAUUUUGCGAGUGUAACACCUUGCAAAUGAAGAACCAGUUUGUGCAUCGAAGAAGCUAUGUACAUGACAAACCGUUUACUUCAAACUGCCCUGUGUAAAUUCUGCAAAUGACAAAGCAGUUCUUCAGUAUGAACAGUUUUUUAAAUAUAUUUCCUUUUAUGUGGUCAAACAGUAAA